AUGUCAGUAAUAACAGGUUCAUAUAAGCCAUCUAAAAAUGUCAGCCAAGCAAACCUCCAUAAAUUAAUAGAAAAGCUUAAAGAAGAUGAGUCAUUUAAAUCUAUUUACCAGCCAUUAAUGGAAAAUAACCAAAUGGAAAUCAAUGAUCUAAAAGGUAUCGAAGAAGGUAUCAAGAAGAUUGUUGAAAAUUCAAAUGAUGAAUCCACAAUUAAAAUCGGAAAAGAAGCAAUGCUUAUUGUUUCAUCUGCAAGUCAUUUGAUCAACAAUUUAGAAUAUGCAGAAUCCAGGUUAAUAACAGCAAUGAAGAAUGGUGAUUGGGUUUUGUUUGAUAACGUUGAAUCAUGUCCUUCAAACAUUUUGGAAAGAAUUAUCACUUUGCUUGAUUUCGAGCCAUCCUUGAAUUUGUAUGAAGUCGAUGAAGGCAUUACUUAUUCAUCUAAUUCAUCUAAAUCAAAAACUAGGAUCAGUGAUGAGUUUAGAGUGAUAUUCACAUAUAACAAUGUUGGAGCACAUAGAAAGACUCGUCUUCCACAAACAAUUCUUUCUAGAUGUGCAAUUCUUAAGAUGGAACCAAUUGAUAAUGACAUCCAAACAAUCGCAACAAUUUCACUGUUACAAUUACCAGAUAAGAAAUAUAAAUUAAAUAACGGUACUGAAACAGACCGAAUAACAGUUGCUGCUAAAAUCGGCCGUUGUCAUUUCGAAAUGCGAGAGAAACAUAAUGAAUUGACAGGUAGAUCUUUAUCUAGGAUAUUCAUUUCUAUAAAUAAUUGUAAAGAAUAA